AGGGGAGGAAUGGGGUGACAGUGAAAAGAGGACAUGGUUUCUCUUUGAUGCCAUGAAAGUGUUCUAAAGUUGACGAUAGGCUGGGCACGGUGGCUCAUGGCUGAAGUCCCGGCACUUUGGGAAGCUGAGGUGGGCAGAUCACUUAAGGUUGGGAGUUCAAGACCAGCCUGGCCAACAUGGUGAAAUUCCAUCUCUGCUAAAUACAAAAAUCAGCCAGGCGUGGUGGGGUGUGUCUGUAUUUCCAGCUACUUGGGAGGCUGAGACAGGAGAAUUGCUUGAACUCAGGAGGUGGAGGUCGCAGUGAGCCAGGAUUAUGCAGCCUGAGUGACAGAGCAAGACUGUCUCAAAAAAAUCAAUCAGUCAGGUUGACUAUAGUGACAGCUACACAUAUCUGAAGAUACUGAAAACCAUGAAAUCUUACACUUUCAUGAGUGAACUGCAGGGUGUGUGAAUUAAAUCUCAGAAAAACUGCUAAACAACACUGUUCACACAUAGGGCAGCCUCAAAUGUGAUGGAAACAAGCUGGCCUUGGGACCUAGAAUCCUGGAACCCAGUCCCAGCUCGGCCACGUGUCUGCCGUGUGACGUUGGGCGGGAAGUGUAACCUGUCUGAGCCUCAAGUUUCUUACUUAAAAGGACAGCAGUGAUGGUGUUCCCCUAUGCCUGCAAUCCUGGAGUCACCCGGGGCUGAGUUAAUGCAUGAAUGUGAGCCACCUUCCAACAGCAAUGUCACAGCAUUUGCCCUGAAGGCAAAAGUCAUCUACCCCAUCAAUCAGAAGUUCCGGCCUCUGGCCGAUGGCUCCUCCAACCCGUCUCUGCACGAAAACUUAAAGCAGGCUGUCUUGCCGCACCAGCCGGUAGAGGCCUCCCCUUCUAGCAGCCUGGGGAGCCUGAGCCAGGCCGAGAAGGACGACUACAGCUCCUCAUCCAGCGUCCACUCGGCCGUCAGCGAUGACAGGUUUCUCAGCCGCACCUUCCUCCGGGUGAACGCCUUCCCCGAGGUGCUGGCCAGCGAGAGUGUAGACAUUGACCUGUGUAUCUACAGCCUUCACUUAAAAGACCUGCUGCAUUUGGACACGGCACUGAGGCAGGAAAAGCACAUGAUGUUUAUUCAGAUUUUUAAAAUGUGCCUCCUUGAUCUUCUUCCUAAAAAGAAUGAUGAAUUAUACCAGAAGAUCCUUUCAAAGCAAGAAAAUGAUUUGGAGGAAUUAGAAAAGGGACUUCAGGUCAAACUGUCAAACACAGAAAUGUCAGGGGCUGGUGACUCUGAGUACAUCACCCUGGCCGACGUGGAAAAGAAGGAGCGAGAAUACUCUGAACAGCUGAUCGAUAAUAUGGAAGCUUUCUGGAAACAGAUGGAAAACAUCCAGCACCUUCUUGUGGACCAAUUUAAGUGUUCCAGCUCCAAAGCCCGGCAGCUCAUGAUGACUCUGACGGAAAGAAUGAUUGCAGCCGAAGGGCUAUUGCGUGAUUCUCAGGAGCUGCAGGCUCUGGACAUCCUGGAGAGGACGAUGGGGCGGGCGCACAUGGCAAAGGUGAUCGAGUUUCUGAGGCUGCAGGUCCAGGAGGAGACCAGGUGCCGGCUGGCUGCCAUCGCCCAUGGCCUGGAGCUGCUGGCUGGUGAGGGGAAGCUGUCCGGGUGGCAGAAGGAGGAGCUGCUCACGCAGCAGCACAAGGCCUUCUGGCAGGAGGCAGAGUGCUUCAGCAGGGAGUUUGUCCAACAAGGCAAAGACCUGGUCAAGGCGUCUCUGGCUCACCAGGUGGAGGGGACGGCAAAGCUCACACUGGCUCAAGAGGAAGAACGGAGAUGCUUCCUGGCUGAGGCCCAGACAACUGCUGACCCGGAGAAGUUUCUUAAGGCUUUCCAUGAGGUCCUGGAAAGGCAGAGACUGCUGCGGUGCGACCUGGAGGAAGAGGAGAAUGUGAGAGCCACCGAGGCGGCGGUUGCACUCUGCCAGGAACUGUACUGCAGCACCAUGGACACUUUCCAGAAGUUUGUGGACACCCUGUUCCUUCAGACGCUCCCUGGUGUGACUGGCCUCCCCCCGGAAGAGUGUGACUACUUGAGGCAGGAAGUCCAGGAGAACGCUGCCUGGCAGCUGGGGAAAUCGGAUCACUUCCGGAGGCAGCAGUGGAAACUCUUCCAGGAGCUCCUAGAGCAAGACCAGCAGGCGUGGAUGGAGGAGUGUGCGCUGUCCAGCGUGCUGCAGACGCACCUGCGGGAGGACCACGAGGGCACCAUCCGUGGCGUCUUGGGCCGACUGGGUGGCCUCACUGAAGAGUCCACGCGGUGUGUCCUGCAGGGGCAUGACCUGCUUCUGCGCUCAGCCCUCCGGAGGCUGGCACUCCGCUGCAGCGCCCUGGCCACGCUGACGCAGAUGCGGCUCUCGGGGAAGAAGCGCCUCCUGCAGGAGCUACGGGAGCAGCAUGCGCUGGAGCAGGGGUCCUCCCAGUGCCUGGAUGAGCAUCAGUGGCAGCUACUCAGGGCCCUGGAGGCACGUGUGCUGGAGGAGGCCAGCCGGCUGGAGGAGGAGGCUCAGCAGACACGGCUGCAGCUCCAGCAGCGGCUCCUGGCUGAGGCCCAGGAGAUGGGGCAGCUUCUGCAGCAGCACAUGGAGUGCGCUAUCGGGCAGGCACUGCUGGUGCAUGCACGGAAUGCGGCCAGCAAGAGCCGGGCCAAGGACAGGGAUGACUUCAAGAGGACGCUGAUGGAGGCAGCAGUGGAGAGCGUCUACGUGACCAGCGCUGGUGUCAGCCGCCUGGUGCAGGCGUAUUACCAGCAAAUCGGGAGAAUCAUGGAGGACCACGAGGAGAGCAGACUGCAGCACCUGAAGACCCUGCAGGGUGAGAGGAUGGAAAAUUACAAGCUGCGGAAAAAGCAGGAACUCAGCGACCCUUCAUCCAGCUGCAAGACAGCAGGUGGCGCUCAUGAGGCCUCCCAGGCGGUCCACCAGAGGAUGCUGUCCCAGCAGAAGAGGUUCCUGGCUCAGUUCCCGGUGCACCAGCAGAUGCGUCUGCACGCCCGGCAGCAGCAGGCAGGAGUCAUGGACCUUCUGGAAGCCCAGCUGGAGACCCAGCUGCAGGAAGCGGAACAGAGCUUCAUCACUGAGCUGGCAGCCUUGGCCCGAGUGCCCCUCGCUGAAAGCAAACUGUCCCCCUCUAAGCGCGGGCUGCUGGAGAAGCCCCUAAAGACUAAAAGGAAGAAACCCCCACCCCGGGAAAAAGAGGACCUGGGGGUGCCCAAUGACGAGGACCUUGCCUCUGGGGACCACACCUCAGGCUCACUUAGGGGGGACUUCAUGAGGCGUCCAAGCUUCAGGCCAAGAACCCAUGAGGCAGACCCUGGAAUCCCCAGCCCAAAGGCCUGUCCUGGCCCACCUGGGGCUGAGGAUGCACAGAUACGUAAUGGCACCUGCAGAAAUGUAUUUUCUGAGGACACUUAGAAUAUGAGGAAGAGGGCAUGGCCCCAGCCUUUGCUUCACCUGGGGAGGGCUUCUUCCAGACAGCAGACCCCCUGCCCCUGCAGAGAGAAGUCAUGGGGGCACCUGCUCUCCGGAUGGAUAGUGAGAGCAUCCAGAAGCUUCCAGACCAGCCCCUUGUCCACCACAUCCAGGAGAGGCCUUUCCUGCCUGGAGAGAAGCUUCCAGACCAGCCCCUCUCAUCACAGCCAGGAGAAGCCUUUCCCGCCUAGAGAAGCUUCCAGACCAGCCCCUCUCACCACAGCCAGGGGAAGCCUUUCCCGCCUAGAGAAGCUUCCAGACCAGCCCCUCUCACCACAGCCAGGAGAAGCCUUUCCCGCCUAGAGAAGCUUCCAGACCAGCCCCUCUCACCACAGCCAGGGGAAGCCUUUCCUGCCUGGAGAGAAGCUUCCAGACCAGCCCCUCUCACCACAGCCAGGGGAAGCCUUUCCCGCCUAGAGAAGCUUCCAGACCAGCCCCUCUCACCACAGCCAGGAGAAGCCUUUCCCGCCUAGAGAAGCUUCCAGACCAGCCCCUCUCACCACAGCCAGGAGAAGCCUUUCCCGCCUAGAGAAGCUUCCAGACCAGCCCCUCUCACCACAGCCAGGAGAAGCCUUUCCCGCCUAGAGAAGCUUCCAGACCAGCCAUUCACACCACAGCCAGGAGAGGCCUUUUCCGUCUAGAGGGAAAAUUGAUCCUUUCAUUGAGGUUCAGGACUGUGAACGUUUUGGGCAAGGUCAUUCUUUAGAGGAAGGAGUUGUCCAGUGCACCACAGGAUGUUCCAGUGUCCCUGUCCUCUGCCCAUCAGAUGGCUGCACCUUCACCAGUCAUGGCAACCAAGAAUGUCUCCAGACACGGUCCUGUGUCCCCAGGGUAUCACCCCCUGUGCUGAGUCAAAGAGCGCCUGCCCUGGGCAAAUCCAGGACAUAGCCAUGGGUGUGUCCACAAAUCCCCAGAACCUAGUGAGCCCUUUGGCUCUGGGAGCCCCUAUCUCAGGGAUUUUCUGGGCCAUUUGUGACUUUUCAUUAAAACCUGAAAUAGACUCUC